AUGAAGAUGAAAUGGGAAGAUCGGGGAAAAGAAGGGAAAAGAAAGCGAAGAUCGAUUCGCAGAGAGAAUGAAUUUUUCAGUUUCCUCAGUUGGACAUUAGUUCUCAUAUUUUGUAGUCUGAAGAAAGCCUUGCCCUGUACACCUUUACUCUGUUUAAAAAGACUUUCAGGAGCUCAGAAUCGCGGGGAAACCAAGCCACCAUCCACAAAGGAGAGGAAACGAAGGAAAUCGAAACGGAGCAGAAAAAACAGCGUUGACCGGUUAAACUGGGAAAUGAGAGCUCGCUGUGAUAUCAAACUCAUGUGGCAGAUCUCGAUUGGCGAAGGACAAGAUAUUUGCCUGGAUGAAGUCGACUAUUUCUACGAAAACGAUUGGACUCCUACAGAAGACGAUUUUAAACUUUUUGAUAAACAAAGCAAUGGAGGAGGACAUGAUUUUCCAAGUUUCACCUACAGUCCGAAGCCAUGGAGAAAAAAAUGCGGGAAAGAUCAUUGUUUCUUUGAAGAUGGCUCAAUACUUUACUUGUAG